UCCAUCAGACAGCUGCGGGCGCUCUAGGCCGGCUGCGAGGAGACUGCGGGCGCUGCGGGUUCCUGGCUCUCCUGAGGACGGCGUGCGGAGUGGGGGAGGUGGAAUUUAUGCGGUGAUGUGAGUGAUGGCGACCGGCUGUAAAUACUGAUGAAGCUCCCGUAGCUUGCCCAAAACUCACCUCCUGCCCAAAACUUACCAGUAACGGUCCAUGGCCUGGGGAUUGGGGACCACAGGUGUAGAACACAUACAGAAUCCAAAAACGGAAUGAAGGAUGGCAGCACGCCGUGCAUUAAAAGCUGUUUUGGUAGAUCUCAGUGGCACACUUCACAUUGAAGAUGCAGCUGUGCCAGGCUCACAGGAAGCUCUUAAAAGGUUGCGUGGUACUUCUGUAAUAGUUAGGUUUGUGACCAAUACAACUAAAGAGAGCAAGCAAGACCUGUUGGAAAGGUUGAGAAAAUUGGAGUUUGAUAUCUCUGAAGAUGAAAUAUUCACAUCUCUGACUGCAGCCAGAAGUUUAGUAGAACAGAAACAAGUCAGACCCAUGCUGCUAGUUGAUGAUCGGGCACUACCUGAUUUCAAAGGAAUACAAACAAGUGAUCCUAAUGCUGUGGUUGUAGGAUUGGCUCCAGAACAUUUUCAUUAUCAAACUCUGAAUCAAGCAUUCCGGUUACUCCUGGAUGGGGCACCUCUGAUAGCAAUCCACAAGGCCAGGUAUUACAAGAGGAAAGAUGGCUUAGCCCUGGGGCCUGGACCAUUUGUGACUGCUUUAGAGUAUGCCACAGACACCAAAGCCACAGUGGUGGGGAAGCCAGAGAGGACGUUCUUUUUGGAAGCAUUGCGGGGAACUGGCUGUGAACCUGAGGAGGCCGUCAUGAUAGGCGAUGAUUGCAGGGACGAUGUUGGUGGGGCUCAGAAUGCUGGCAUGCUGGGCAUCUUGGUGAAAACCGGGAAAUAUCGAGCCUUGGACGAAGAAAAAAUUAAUCCACCUCCUUACUUAACUUGUGAGAGCUUUCCUCAUGCUGUGGACCACAUUCUGCAGCAUCUACUGUGAACCAUUAUGUGCAUCUGAAGCAACUUGAAACGCAGCUUUUUAUGGUCUGGAAUGAAUCCCUUACCAACUCAAUGCCAGCAUCAAUAGACACAUACCUCUCAGUGCUGAUUGCGUUUUAACCCUCCUUUAUUGUGCAUUAAUUAGAAAGAAAGGUAUUGAAUUGCGGCCAGCAACUAAGCCUCACUAAUCCCUUUUGUUUUAUUUCGUAACAGAAGAUGAGACCCAAAGAAAAGGGAGAGCUGAGAUUUUGUGCCAUUCCUUUUAAAAUAUUCAUCAGGGUAGGCAGGCCUGGGAGGGAGAUGCUGCUGCCGGGGUGAGUGUUCUCUGCUGUCUCCUCGCUGGGAAACUGGCGGGGAGGGGGGAAUUCAGACUGUGAAUGAAGUUGAAUGGUGGUUUUUAAAUUAUAAAGCAAUGCAUUAAAAGGUGCAUUAGGCUGUAGUUUUAAUAUCAAGUUCAACUGUGAAAUCCAUCAGAAGUGCCAAGCAGAGUAUGAGACAUAAGCAGCAAAGCAAAUUGUCCUUUCGCCCAAGUGAGACAGUGAAUUUGCUUUAACAGAUGUUGAAAACUAGAUUUUCUGCUGUAUUCCCAGCACGGGUGACUUCUUUUCUCUUCAUUAGCCAGAGAUGACUAAUUUAAAUUUAGAACCGGAUUUUAAUUUAAAAUAAUAUUUCCAUUAAUAACCUAUUCAUUGCAGAUACCUAUUAUACUGUGUAACAGUUGUUUUGGAAAUUUUAUGUAAAAUUAAAACUAUCAGUAUUUUACAGAUGUUUUAAUUAGACAUUGUUAUUAACAGGAACAGUGCAGAAACUAAAAUCAAGCCUUUAAUGUCUUAUAGACCAUGCAUUUUUGAAGUUAGUGUCCACCAGGGUCCUAUUAACUGUACAUUUGCAAGAUUUCAUUAUUUUUGCCUCUGACACUCUGGGAAAAAUCUUUUAGAAGCUAUUGGGACAGAUUCAAGCUUUUAUGUACUUGGUUACUACAGCUGUAAAAUGAAAUCUCGUCUUGGAGCAUGGAUUAUUCUUCUCAUGUUAAACCCACCAAAAUGAAGGGGACUAAGUAGGUAAUGAUUUUCCGAGUGCAUUUGCAUACUGUGAUAAUCCUGGGCCUUCGCAAUUGUUUCACAGGGCUCUUGGGCAUUGAAUUAUUAGAAUGUAAUUGUACAUGAUUGUAGUGUUCACCUUAUUGAAACUCACACCGAUGUUAAUGAGCUUCAGGUUUUGAUGCUUGUUUAGAGAUCAGCUUGGUCUUAGAUGGAAGGGAGGAAAGCUGAAUAAAUGGUAGUUUGGUGAGCACUCCAUUCUUGUUUUUGCAGAUACCCCAACUUAGCACUUAACACAGCCUAGACUGUAAAAGACAGAUGUGAUAUGAUGAACACUCCGAAUCGGAAGGAUGAGCGGAGUAGCUAAGAGCAGAGACCAUGGAGCCUACCCAACACUUAACCAGCCCCCAGACCUUGGCCACGUCACCUCGCCUCUCAUGCCUUCUUUCCUUAUCUCUAAAAUCUCCAUUUUACAGAUAACGAUAGUGCCCACCACGGUAGAGUUGGUGUGAAUGUUAAAUGCCUGAAACCUGUAUUAAGUACUUAGAAUAGAACUGGGCAGAUGGCCAGUGCUGUGCGUUUGCUGUGAUGAUGCAGAUGUGGUUGGUAAAAGUUAUCCCUGUGGUUAUCUCAGUGGAGAAAGUCUUCCUGAGGAGUCAAAAAAAGAGAUGCUCUACUACGUUUAGACUUCCUCAGGGCAAAGCCACCUAGAGGAGCUCAGCACGCAGCUCUGUGUGGCACCUGGUGGGUGGGCUGUGCUCAACUUUGGCCUAUUUCUUGGGCGCCCGGGUCAGCGAUGCCUUGGACCAAGCGUCAAGUGUUUGCUAGUUGCUGUGCACUGAGUGCCCUGAUUAGUGUGGGAAAUAGGCACGUAAGAAAAGGAUUUGGCCUUGAGGACCCUUUCUAGUUGAGGAGCUAAGGAGAGUACACAAGACAUUACUCAAGAACACUGUGAAGACCCCACUCCUGUGUCCCCUCCUCUGAUGUCUUCCCUGACUGCAGAAUGGAGCACGCCAUCCCCUCUUUUGUGCCCACGUGGCACUUGGUAGUGUGCACUUACGUCUUAACCUGGCUCUUCUCCCACUAGACAGGACUGAAUCUUAUUCUUUUUUAUAUCUGCUGCAACACAGCAGUGUGGAGGAGGGCAAAGCCGAUGCAGCGGAGGACAGACAGUGGUCCCACCUGCUUCACUCGCGCCUCCAGAGUCAGCCAUGGGCUUGCAGGCGCCCUGACUACUAGCAUUCAGCAUCUGUAACAGCUGGUUGGAAUGGCCAGGAGAGGAAAGGAGGGCUAGCCCACCUCACUCUAAGUGACGGUUCCACCAAGCUUUACCUGUAGCUGUGAUGUCAGAACUUCCCUUGGAAUGAUAGUGUCUGUCACUUCACCCUUAAUCUCACAUUUUAAAACACGAUAGCAUGUUGGACAGGGUAGUUAAGAACACACCCACAUUGGUUAUGUACAGUCGGUUUUGUAUCAAUGGUUGUCCAUGUAUUAAUAGACUAAAACUGAAGUCGUUGAGUACCUAUAAUAAAGAAUUUUGAAAACUGUA